CAACCCCACCCAUAUCUUUCCCUCUUCUCUCCCCUCAUUCACCUCAGCCCCAAUCGUCCCCACACCCACCCAUCCAUCCAAGAAAGAUCUCGAGGGAUUGCUCACAGCAGCACACACUCACACAGGCCAAAGGGAAAUCCACAGCAGGAGUCGCCAUGGCCUCGCUCCCAAGCCAGCCAGCCGGCGCGCAGCCAUCGCUCGCCGUUGUCGGGCUUCAGCUCGCAUCUGGCAUCGCUCUCACCUACCCCCUGCAGGUCGCCGACACGGUCUUCAAGGUGACCUACCAGCCGCUCAGCGGGACCACCGUCGGUAAGCACAUCUACUACCAGAACACACUCCAGGCGGCCAACGGCCUCAUCCAGCGUGACGGAUACAUUGGCCUCCUCCGCGGCGUCGUCCCCUUCUUUGGCUACACGGUCCUCUACUCGUCCGGCUUUGAGACGUUCUAUCAACUGUACCGACGCCUGCCACUGCAGUCGACGCCGCUCGGCUUUGUCGCCGCACAGGACUUUGCUCUCGCCGCGUGGCGCGCCGUGCUCUCACCGCUGUCGACACUGAUCACGCGCCUGAUCGUGCGCCCAACGGCAUACGCACAACUCGCCACUUCGUCCGACUCGUCCAGCUCAUCGACGCUCGCCACGCUCGGUGCCGCGGACCCACGCGCAUUCUGGAACGCAACGACGGAUGCCGCCGAGCGCGCCGCCCCAUACAAGCUGUUCAAGCCGGCCGUCAUGGUGCUCGAGCUGCUCGCAUCACUCACAGGCAACAUUGCCAACUCGCUCGUCAGCGUGCCCAUCACGGAGAUCUUCAUCGCACUCGCCGGCACCGGCGCCGGACGUGGCAUCAGCCGCCUCAGCAAGGACGAGUGGAAGACCAUCGGCACGCUCGCGUCCGUCGCCGCCGCUGGCAUUGCCGUGCGCUUUGUCAAUGUCGCGCUUGAGACGAUCUCCAAGCGCUUGCAGGCUCAGCAGUCGUCGGAGGACAGUAGCGUCAUCGACGGUGUCAAGGAAGCCGCAUUGUCCGCCGCCGGCGCAGCAAGCAGCGCCCUCGUCGUCUUGCGCCCCAAGCCAUACUCCGGGCCGAUCGACGCCUUCAACCGCAUCCUCAACGAGGAGGGGUACCGGGGUCUCUUCCACGGCUGGGGCGUCCAGAUCGGCGGGACCGCUGCUGUCGCGGCUGCCACUGUCGGCCUUGCGCGCUUCAACGGCCGGAUCUAAGCAUGCGCGGGCGCAGGCGGCGCAUGUGUGUAUGAGAGGCGCGUUAUGGAUGCAGAAGCAGGGUCUGGUGCAGGGGCGCAACGGAAAGGGACAGGCCACGGCGCAAUGCGUCGUGCUGGGCGCGUGCGUAGCCAGUGCGAACAAAAAAAAAGAAAACGGGAACACAAACACGCUCAU